UAGUUGUGUCUCCAUGGCAACCGGCGUUGCUGGGAGACGCGAGCGGCGAGGCCGCGACGCGCCCGGGUUCACUUCUUCACGUCGCUCAUCCUCACACUGUUGACGUUCUGGACGAAUUUAAAACACAACAACCCCCCGUUAAUCGUGAUACUCGCGACGAGUCUGGCCGUGUUGAAGCUACGAGCGCGUCGCUUUAAAUGAACGGUAAAGAAAUAAGAGAGCGAUGUAGGCCUUGUCGACCUAGCGUGAAGCCUGCCCGUAACAACAACAACGUCGUCUGGUAAUUAACUUUAAGCGAAUCGGGUUUAAUUAGACGGCCACUCGACUUGACACGGUGCUGGCAAUUGCGUGGAGAAAGACAAAUUAAAACGGAACGUUUCAAUAUGCGGGUUUCAGAAUUAUAAACGGGUUCCACGUAGGUCGGUCGGCAGGUCAGGCGCGGUGAGGUAAAGUGUUGAAGGAAGAGUAGGCCAAAUACAGUACUGUAGAGGGUUUCUAACAGAGCCGCCUCUUGAAGGAAGAGUAGGCCAAAUACAGUACUGUAGAGGGCUUCUAACAGAGCCGCCUCUUGAAGGAAGAGUAGGCCAAAUACAGUACUGUAGAGGGUUUCUAACAGAGCCGCCUCUUGAAGGAAGAGUAGGCCAAAUACAGUACUGUAGAGGGCUUCUAACAGAGCCGCCUCUUGAAGGAAGAGUAGGCCAAAUACAGUACUCUAGAGGGCUUCUAACAGAGCCGCCUCUUGAAGAGUAGGCCAAAUACAGUACUGUAGAGGGCUUCUAACAGAGCCGCCUCUUGAAGGAAGAGUAGGCCAAAUACAGUACUGUAGAGGGCUUCUAACAGAGCCGCCUCUUGAAGGAAGAGUAGGCCAAAUACAGUACUCUAGAGGGCUUCUAACAGAGCCGCCUCUUGAAGGAAGAGUAGGCCAAAUACAGUACUGUAGAGGGCUUCUAACAGAGCCGCCUAUUGAAGGAAGAGUAGGCCAAAUACAGUACUCUAGAAGGCUUCUAACAGAGCCGCCUCUUGAAGGAAGAGUAGGCCAAAUACAGUACUCUAGAGGGCUUCUAACAGAGCCGCCUCUUGAAGGAAGAGUAGGCCAAGUCCUCUCCUCUAGAGGGCUUCUAACAGAGCCGCAUCUUGAAGGAAGAGUAGGCCAAAUACAGUACUGUAGAGGGCUUCUAACAGAGCGAUUUGCGGGGUCUGCAGCUUCAUCUUGUGGCUUGCAUCCUGCGCCGGGUUGAACCCUCGUCGCUGUGUUGCCAGCGGUCGCGGCGUUUAUAUUCAAUUGUAGCAGUGCGAUUCAACGCGACAUCUGUAAGCGCAAGGUGCACACGUGUUUAUAGGUGUGCAUUUAAAAGACCAAAUGGAGGCUAAAUGCAGUGUAAGCCCGUGUGCUCCUCGCCCGCGAGCAUGGGCAUCUGGGCAAGCGGCAGCAACAUUAAGCAGGUUUGCAAGUGGGCGGUCACGGAGUCGCCCGGAUACCAAGGGCUUGGCAGAGAAGAGGGGCAUUGGAGUUGCCACAAGCCGGACUGCGGGUGUUAUAGACCCACAUCAUCUGCUAGUCCAAGCCCACGAGGCCAGCUUCAGUAAAAUUUACACCCUAGAGCUGCAUGCAGAAGGCAUCAAGAAAAUAGAAAACCUGGAAAAGUUUACACGGCUGAGGUCAUUGGACCUUUCCUGCAACUGCAUCAAGUCUAUUGAAGGGUUGGAGCACCUGAAAGACCUCAGGGAACUCAAGUUGUAUGGAAACAAGAUAACCAUUAUUCAGAACCUCAGCCGGCUCAAUGAACUUCAAAUUUUACAUCUCCAACACAACCAAAUCAUCAAAAUAGGCACCGCUUUGGAAGGCAAGCAGAAGUUAAAGGAGUUGAGGCUGGACAGCAACCGUCUGUCCCAGCUGUCGCCCAAAGAAGUGGCUCAGCUGAGCAGCCUGCACACACUCGAUAUCAGCCACAACCAGCUUACUGACAUCACGGCGGUGUCUGUUCUGCCGAGUCUUGAAGAGCUCCAGGCAUGUGGAAAUCAGCUGAGUGACAUCCCAGGGCUCAGCUGCUGUGAGCAACUGAAGGUUCUGGACCUCUCCGACAACAGAAUAACACAGGCUGUUCAUCAAAUCAGCCUUCCCAAGCACCUAAAUGCACUGAAUCUAUCAGGAAAUGUUCUAAGUAGCCUUGAAUCGUUUGGAAUCUUAAGCUCCUUGCAGGACCUUGACUUGUCAUGCAACAAGAUACAGACUAUAGGAGACAUUUCUGAGCUGUUCCCUCUUCUGGAGACAUUGAACAUUGCAAACAAUUUGGUCAGCUCUUGGCAAGACCUGAAACUUUUAGGCAACUGCAUGAACUUACUGGAGCUGUGUGUGAAUGGAAAUCCAGCAAUCACAUCCAACAUUGAGCACAGCAGGUAUCAGCAGGAGCUCACCAAGAUCCUCCCACAUGUGGAGAUACUUGAUGGGGUAUCAGUCACAUCAAAGCAAGAAUCCGCAGCCAUAAACGCGAGGCCAAUGACUGCCAAUAGUGCAAUGAUUUCUCAGAAACUUGUGGGACAGAUGGAGUCUUUGGAAGGGCAGAUGGAAGCCACACUCGGGUCUCUCCAGCAGAGGUUCAAUGAAGUCAGGUGCCUUGUCGUGAACUCAUUACCCCAAGUGUCACCACCCAGACCAACAUCAGGAUACACGUUCCGAGUGGAGGGAGGCAGGACAUCAGCAUGCACGAACCUGGCUCUACACUGGAUAUCACACAGAUGUGGUCAACCAUACACUAGCAAAACUUUUGUAAUGUAGCACGAUUUAAAGUCAAAACGGAGCAAUGUGUAUAUGUUUAGACCUAUAUCCAGUGCGCAACCACACAUUGAUAAGAGCUUUCAGUGUUUUUUUUUUUACGCAGGACCAAGUAACAAUAAGGAAAUGGAGUCAUCCAGGCCUUCCAGCCAGUGCAGCAGGUAAGCACGGUGACAUGCAGAUAGGGAUAAGUAUUUUCUGCAGGCCUGAUGAACAUCCGGAGAAAUCUCUCCAUAGUUUUUUUUCCGAUUUAAAGCUUUCGUGACUGCAAGGAUUCAUCUUCUUUGGUUCUUUCGGUAAAGUCAUGUAUAAUGAGAAUAAAAUAAUAAAUUGAUAAAAUAAAAUAACACAAUAUUCUCACGACUUUUUGGCCACAUGCGCGGCCUUCAUCAGGUGAAGGGACUAGACUGUCCGGAGGAUAGCGCUGUCACUCUCCAUAGUUAAUUUAUACUGGUAGGAACGAAGUUGUAAACUGAGUGUACCAGCCUGCAAUAGAUUAAUGUGUCCGUCCGUCCCCUUUCAAUACUUUAACGAAGUGAAAUCUCGUGCUGUUGGGUGUAAAAUCAGAAAUAGACAGCGCAGAGACUUGUCCUACCAGCCCACCCUGCAGGGACCUGUUAGUUCCUCUCAAGCAGUGGUUGCUGCCAGACCAUACAAGAAUAAGCUUUAACAUGCCAGGCUAUCACAAUUUCAAGAGCCUGCAUGAUGUAAAAGGGAAUGUUUUAUUAUGCAAGAUUUGAAAUGUUUCCAGCCAUAUAUACUUUGCAAAAUAUUCUGUGUGCAGUCGUAAACGCAUAGAAGACGCUAGAAAGUUUGCAGCAGAUCACGACGGACAAGCUUAACUGCGUUUGACAACUGGAUCAAGUUUACAUGAAAUUCGUU